AUGGGUGCUUUCCUCCCAUGGUACACCUUCACUGCUCUUAUUCUCCUGGCAAUUCAUGGAGGUUUGUGUGUGGAUAUCAUUGGAGGAAAUGAAGUAGCACCACACUCAAGACCAUUCAUGGCCCAAAUCAAGGGAAAAAGAGGAAUUAUUUGUGGAGGAGCUUUAAUUAAGGAAAACUGGGUGUUAACAGCUGCACAUUGUAAAGUGAAAAAAAGCAAAGUUAUUCUUGGAGCCCAUUCAUCGAAUAAAAGAGAAAAAGAACAGCAAGCUUUUCAGAUUGCAAAAGACAUUCCUCAUCCAUGCUACGACCCCAGUACCAAGGAAAAUGACAUUAUGCUGCUUCAGCUUCAGGGAAGAGCAAAACUUAACAAAGUUGUGCAAACAAUCCCCCUGCCUUCUUCAGAUGAUGAUCCCAAACCAGGAACAGUUUGCUCAGUAGCAGGAUGGGGUAUGACUACAAAUCAUCCAGUCAAGUACCCUACUGCCCUGAUGGAAGUCAAUAUCACUGUCAUCAGGAGGGAAAUAUGCAACGAUAAAAAGCAUUAUAAUGGCAAACCUGUCAUAACAGAGAGCAUGAUAUGUGCAGGAGCUAAGAAUAAGGAUUCAUGUCAUGGGGACUCUGGUGGACCUUUAAGAUGUAAUAAUAUUAUGAGAGGCAUCACUUCAUUUGGGAAGAAGCAAUGUGGCAAUGCUCAUGGCCCUGGUGUCUACACUCGACUCACAAAGCAACACCUUGUGUGGAUAAGGAAAACCAUAGGAGGGGCCUAA